AACUGACGGCGCCAUAAAACUUUGAGCGCGAAUGGAAGACUAAGAAUGGAGCUCAAAGGCAGAACAUUGAAAUAAGCCGAAAAGUUCUAGUCUCGAGCGCAAAUGAGCUCGAAAGAUUCUGCAUUCCAAGUGUUUGGGCAGCGUUCGAUCAAGUCGUCUGCCCUCUUUCGAUCUUCGAUCCCGGACAAGGACGCCAAGGAGGAUGUGAACGGAGACCGGAAAGCGGGCUGGACGCGGGUCUCUCUGUCAGAGUUCCUCGAUCAGAAACUGCGAAGGACCUCUGCUUCGCCAGGCACGGUUCAGGGCAAGGCGAAGCCAUAUUCGACACUUCUGGGCUCUAGAGACGUAAGCAAGUUGGGCAAUCCGCCGGACUGCAAAAAGAAAGCAUCGGUAGAAAAGAAGAACAGUGUUGAUAAAACCGUCUUCGAGCAGUUCAAGCUUACUUAUAAAGAAAAUGGAGAAGAUCAUCAUGUUGCAACCGUGGCCACUAAGGUCGGAGGCUUGGGGGAAGAUGAAAGGAGAGAGUCCAGAAAGAGAAGGAACCCUUUCGAAGGUGGAAUUUUCGCUCCUCUGAAGCGUGUCCUAGUUCUGGGACAAGCUCCAAGUCCGGAGCAGGGAAGGAAUGCAGAGAGUAUUGGCCGGAACGAGAAAAGAAGGCCUCUCUAUAACCACUAUGCAAAUGGUGGAGGCUUUUGGGACAGUGGCAUGGAGGGCUUUGAGAGCGAGGAGGUGGGGCAGAGCGAAGUGUGGGAAGGGGUGGGAUCGACCAUAAUAGGUGGCGUAGAUUGGCACUGAACUGAAAACUGUGGAUUAUGUGUUGAUCUCCUUGAUCUGCAAUGCCUUCAAUUCUCUCUCUUUUUUCAGUUUUCGUAUUAUUAUGUAUCCUUCUUUGGCAUAUCAAGCAUGGUUGUUAAA